AUUAAUUCAACUUCAAACCCACCAAAAACCCUCUUUUCUCUUCCAGCUCUGAAACAAAUACAAUAUGGCAGCAUUUUUGGGUUUAGUAAUCUUUCUCAUUUCUUUGGCUGUGCCAAGCUUUGCCACAGUCUACACCAUCGGCGAYGCUGCCGGUUGGGCCUCCGGUGUCGAUUACACCUCUUGGACUUCCGGGAAGACAUUCACUGUUGGAGACAGCCUCAAGUUCAAUUAUGGAGGUGGGCACACGGUGGACGAGGUGAGUGCGAGUGACUAUAACUCCUGCACCGCCGGCAAUUCCAUUAGCAGCGACAGCACUGGCUCCACCACCAUCGCUCUCAACAAGCCAGGCACUCAUUACUUCAUUUGCGGUGCAUUUGGCCACUGUGGGAACGGCAUGAAAUUGGCUGUGCCUGUCACGGCUGCCGACGCCGGAGCAACGCCAUCAGCAACCCCAGCCCCAACCGGAGAUGGAAAUGGAGAUGGGGCUCCGCCGUCAACAGCACCAACUCCUCUUGAAGGCGGUGGUGCUCCCACAACGCCAUCCAAAGACACCGGCUCACCCUCAGUGAUCAACUCUCCGACGUCCAAGGUUCCGGUGGAGGCGUCUUCGGCGAGUGGUAUCUCGGCGUUUGCGGCGGUGGUAAGCGCUUGGGCCGCCGCCUUGUUGAUUUGACUGUGUUCUAGGAUGUCCACUCCAUGUACGUGGCCCCUGGCCAGGAUGGAGGCAGUGCCAGCUUUUGUGAAAAUUUUACUUCUUUGUUUUGUUUGUGUCCUUUAUGGACGUUGUAUUUAUUUUCCUAAAUUACAAAUUUCUCUCUUUAAUUUCAAAACUCUUAAUAUAGACACCUGGAUAGUAUAAA